AGGCGUUGCCCCAUUCGGUCUCCACUCAGUGACUCUAUAUGCAGCAGAUCUGUCACGCGUUCAUCAUACCUUGCUUCCUUCUCGCACGUAUUACUUCCUUGUUACGAUAAUAACAUCAAAAAUACUAAUAAAAUAUGGCUAACUACAUUCACGUACCCGAAGAGGCUCCAGCCGUGCCCAAAAUAGACGUGAUAGUUGAAGAGAGUGACUACAGAACCGGCGCCCUGAAAUUGGUCAAGGAGCUGAGACCGAACUGGAAACCCUCCGAGGUCAAAAUAAAGUUCUUUACUGAUGGCAUCACUAAUAAGCUUCUGGGCUGUUACGUGGGCGCCGCCAUGGAAGACGUGGUGCUGGUUCGUAUCUACGGUAACAAGACGGAGCUUUUGAUCGACCGCGAGAACGAGGUGAAGAGUUUCCGGGUGCUCCACGCCCAUCGCUGCGCCCCGCGUCUCUACUGCACCUUCAACAACGGCUUGUGCUACGAGUUCCUCGAAGGCGCCGCUCUGGAGCCCGAGCACAUCCGUAGCCAGCCUGUAUUCAGGCUGAUUGCCAGACAGCUCGCCAAAUAUCACGCUAUCCACGCCCACAACGGCUGGGUGCCCCAGUCGGACUUGUGGCUGAAGAUGGGCAAAUAUUUCUCUCUCAUCCCAAAGUACUUCACGGAUCCGGAGAAGAAUGCGAGGUUGAAGACGGAGGUGCCCAGUCCGCAUUGCCUCCGAGACGAGCUGGUGUGGCUGCAGCAGAGCUUGUCGGUGCUGGGCUCGCCCGUGGUCCUGUGCCACAACGACCUGCUGUGCAAGAACAUUAUCUACAACCAGCAGGCCGGGAACGUAAAGUUCAUCGACUACGAGUACGCCGGCUACAAUUACCAAGCCUACGACAUUGGGAAUCAUUUCAAUGAGUUUGCCGGCUUGAACGAAGUGGAUUAUAGCCACUACCCGGCGAGACCUUUCCAGCUGCAAUGGCUGCGCUCGUACCUGGAAGCCUACAAGGAGCACAAAGGUCUGAACGACCAGGUGACAGACAGAGAAGUGGAGACGCUUUACGUGCAAGUCAACCGCUUCGCCCUGGCAUCACAUUUCUUCUGGGCUCUUUGGGCUUUGAUUCAAGCCAAAUUCUCCACCAUUGACUUUGACUUCUUGGAAUAUGCAGUGCUGCGCUUCAACCAGUACUUCAAGAUGAAACCCGAGGUAGCCGUGUUGAGCCUACCCGAAUAAAAAAAAAACACGCCCCCACACACCCCGCCCCUCGCCCGAUCCCUCUUGUUCCUUCCGCGCUUCCUCCAGGCCUCCACGCCCUGCUCAGUGCCUCUCUUACAACGAGCCUAGAGCGCCCUCUAUGGGCGCACGCUGGUAAGACUUUUGCGUUCAGUGCCUGGUUGCGAGGGUGGCGCGUCAAUCUUAACGGGUUACGGGAGCUAGCUCGCGCGCGAUCGGAAAACCCGUUGGAAUGUGAAGCGGAUGUGCGUUGAAGUGCACACUAGAUAAGGAAGGGGGGCUAAAAAUGUAAAAUUACUACUAUGAAAAUGCUGCAGGAAAUACCUGCCGGCUUUUUUUUUUGUAUUGAAACCCUUAUUUUCGGGCCAGCAUCGUUUCUGACGUGCCCGGAAUUGCCAUCCAGUCAUCCUUCGCGUACGCUAAGGGUCAGAACGAGUCGGCCAGGUUUUGCAUUCCGUGUUCGUUGAAAUGGGAGCAAUCAGAUGAGACCAAAACUGCUUUAGUAGUAGCGAUCGAGAAAAACGCGACGUCAUCGGUGAGACAAAAUGGCUGCCAUUGACACACGGACCAACAGACAGAAAGCAUUUAAAGGAGAAGGUUGUUACUUUGCCACAAGCCGGCCGGCGCCAAUGGGAGGCUUCUUAAAACUAGAUUAGGGGAAGGAAAAAAAAAUAUCCACAUUUUUGUUUUAUUCUCCAAACUACUCGAGAAUCUAUAUUCUUUUCCAGAGCUGUGUUUCACAUGUUGCAGCAAUAAUUUCAGCUUUUUAAAAAAUGACUUAGGGCUUCCUGAGCUGCUAAAACACGGAAAGGCAAUGUAUGGAUUUUUAUCACGACGGGAUUUUUUUUUUUCUCUCCUACUUUCCCAUGUUCACUUUGCACUGUUCAUCUUCCACAGUUGAGAAGUGUUGGUUCGCCACUGUGCUCUUAUUUUCUACUCGUCCGGAUGGAGAAAUAAGGUCCAUCCUUUAUUUAUGCCAGUGGCAGAGCAGACAUCAUGUGAAAUCACAAAUCCAUGCACAUAAGUUUUUGAAAUGUGAAAAGAAUGCAUCUAAAGAGGAACAGUUACUGUCACAAUUUUGGAACUACGGUCAAACGCAUCAUCUCAAAGGCAGGUUUUAGUUGCAUGAAGUUAUUUUUUUCUCAUGUGUCCUGUGGCCAUUGUAGUAUAUUGUUUAUAAUGUACAGCAAACAAAAUGUAAUAUCUUGCUUAUUUGAAUCUUUCAUAUUAAAAAAAAGGUUAUUAAAAACGGAAUAGAAGUGAAACAAAAAGGUUGACUAAAUACUGUAAACAAACUUAGAAAAGAAAUAAAAGAGUAUUUACGCUCA